GGGAGCAUGCGCAGUGCGGCUGUCUGUUUUGUCCCAGCGACAGAUGGAGGGAGCAGGGAGUGAGGGUUGUGAUUCAAACUCAAAUGACAUAAGAUCCGAUUAGUUAGAAUUGACAGUGGGCAAUCUGUAAGGUCUGUAGAGUGGAAUAACAAGUGAUAGCAACGACUCCACCACUGACCUGGAGCAUGGAGGAACAGGUCAGUCAGGCUAGUAGCCCUGAAAGUGGGACCCACCUGUCCAAUGUGAGUGGUUACUCAUUGGGAGAAGCUAUUGUCCAGAGAGCAAAGCAGGGCAAUGAGUCAGGUUCCCAGCUGCAGGCAGCAGCAGCAGAUAUUGGGGGAAUGACUUCAGCAUCUGUGUCCCAGUUGUCACUGGCUGGUACUAAGUGCCAACAGAGCUUUGAGGAGUUCCCCACCAUAGAGGAAGGGACGAUCACCAUGACUGAAGAAUCGAUGAGUACGCAAAGGGACUUCAGGGAACGUCAACCCAGACUUGAGCUGCCGGGAAGUGGGUUGUCUUCAGCUCCUCCAUUCUUGGCCUCCUACACCAGGCAGAAUCAGGAAGGUGGGAAACUUUCCAACGUGAUCUUUCAUUGCUCUCCAAUGGAGUUUGCCCCUCUGAGAGGGAGCCCUGACUUAUCUGGUGCUCUGAGCGAGGGAUACACACGAGCCUACCGAGGAAACAGCUUCCAGGAGGCGGUAAUACCUGAGGCUUCCGCAGACUGUGAGAGAGAGAGCCCCCCACUGUCGCAGCGCCUGUUUGGAGACAGCAGCAGCAGGGAUUCCCUGUCACAGCAUUCCCUGACGCCCCCCAGCCCAAGGUGGUCAGAGGUAACAGAAGAUGAAGAUUUCACUCGAGCAGAAAAGUACAUUGGUGACCAGCACUUCAUGGAGCUUCCGAGCAUCAAAAGGGAUGGAUGUCAGCCACGGGCAAGUGGCAUAUGCAGAGCUCCUCUCUCGGAGCACAAGUUACCUCUGGGUGGAGAGUUGCCUGCUCCCCAAGUGCUGGAGGAGGCUGCUGAAUUGCCCAGCAGCUCUGGCUCCAGGAGAGGAGCUGAAGUGAGUGGGCCCCUUAUUGAUAACCAGAGGAGCAUCUUGCUGGCUGCAGGAGCAGUUAAACAUGGUAUUGCAGCUCCUGGAAAGGACUGGGAGUCAGCUGCCACUGAGCAUCCACCCCCGAACCCUGAGUCGGCUCUGGUUUCUCCAGAUCGCUCGAGCCCUGAUCACACCGUGCUACGUGAGCAGCCAACCCUGCCUGAGCCCUGCAACGCCUGUCCGGAUCCUCUUGGAAAAGGGAACUUGGCUCCAUCAGGCCCAGACAGGUCUGAGGUUUCUGACGCCCUAUUCCGUUCACAAGUGAGCAAGACCAGUCACACUGCUUGCUCUGAAGCAAGUUUGGAGCGUCAACCAACUUCUUCCACUUUAUCUGCUCCGUCCAAGAAUGGCUUUAUAUCAGAAGCUGGACCAGGGUCUGCCUGCCUGGAGCCCACCACCUCAUCCAACGGGAAGGUUGAUACCAUCACGGAGGUGAAGACCACAAAAAGUACCGACAGCAAGAGUGAUGGCACAGCAUUGUCUGGCUACAGCAUAGAGCAGGAGCAGAAGGACACUGAGCUCUCUCCCACUGUGUGUCCAGCAAAUGUCACGGAUUCCUCUUUCUUCACCUCCUUAGCAGACCCUGUCUGUCAGUCCACACCAGCCGUCCCCUUGAAUGCACCAGCCAAGGGCCUUGCUCUGUUGGGUCAGGCAAGGCGAGUGGCCAAUCACCACCUGGAAAGCCAGUUUGCUGCUACUGGCAUCUCGAAGGUUUCAGUGGAAUCCUUAUCAAACAAGAAGGAUUUGACCAAGACUAGUAAAAAUGCCACCACCACUUCCACCAGCAACUGGGCCUGUCCAAGUGUUUUGCAGUCCAUGGCUCCCCUGAACUACAUGGAGAAAGUUGGAGCUUGGGACAUACACCGUGGCCCAGGUGGCAAGCCCACCUUUGACAGCCUGGUGUUACAUGGCCUGAGAGGAGUAUCUCCCCGACAGCGGGCCUACAGUGCUAUCGCCGACUCGCUCAAUAACAUCCUGUCACGGAUCAAUGUGGCUCCAACGUCCAGCUGUCCACCAAAGCGGCGUAUUGCAGCGACCUUCGGAACUGCCCACCUGCAGACUGGCCACCAACCGAGGACCCAGAGGACAGGCCAGAGCACCAGUCAUCUGUCAGGAACCGGCAGUGACCAUCCUGUUGGGCCUGGGAGGCCAGCUGCUCUGAGCAGGACGUCCCAAUCAGAUGCGAGGAGAGGACACCAUGACGAUGCCUCUCUCUGUAAAGCUGACCCACCUCACUGCCACCUGAAUCAGGACAGAGCGGCGAGCAUUCACUCACUUGAGUCUGUCAGUACCCUGGCUGAAUGCCAUUUGUCCCAUCAGAGUGGAGACAGCCCAUUGAUGCAGGAGGCCCCUCUGCCUCCCACCCCUGCUGAGCAAAGGGAGAACAGCAGCUCCGGGCAGACCGCAAGAUCCCCUGGUGCCACCUUACCUGGCACACACCCUUCAAGUGCCAUUGCCUGCCCUGAACGAUUCAGUGUUGCCUCCCCACAGGAUGUGCUCAAACUGCCGGGCAGCUCUCAGGAGAGCAGUCGGGCAGGCGAGCAGACACUGACCAUGUCAGGCCACUCACUGACCAGCCUGGAAGUUGAUAACUAUGUUCCCAUCUGGACACCAUCAAGGCUGACGCCAGAUGCCAACCAAUUCAAUGUGGAGGACAGGAUACCGAUCUACCUUCACAAUCUGGGAAUUCACCGAUCUCCUGGCAGCAUACUGGGCUCCAGACGCCUUUCACAACAGGAGGACUUCACACCGAUAGAACUGAAGAGAAUGAGGCAGUCAGAGGCAAGCAAAGGAUUCCUGGCUGUACCAGGGCUGCCUGCGCUGGACCCUGUUUCUCGCUGCAGUUUUAGUUCUGAUGGUCUGACCCACAGCACGUCGAUCCCAGCAGGCUCUGACCAAGGGCCGGACACUCCAGUUCAUAUCGAGUUGUCACCAGGAGCUGUGCGGGAAGUUGUGGUAGACCCAGCCGGCAGCUCCUUGUCUCCUCCCACCAGCAGGCGGCUGGACUUCUCCACCCAACACCCAGCACUCGCGAUGCACGUCCCAGAGGAAUCAGCCAGGAGGGAAAGCCUGACCAGCCUUCAGCAGAAAGCACCAUCGAGCCUGAGCUCCGAGUCGGUCUCCAGAAGGGUCGAACGGCUUUUAAGUGAAUUCGAAAGUGCCUCUGAUUCUGUGGUCCAUGACCCUGUGCCAUUCUGUCCAUCCCUCUCUGGAGGGGAGGUGCCUGCUAUAUCACGUAUGGAAGCUGUUGUGCAAAUGACAAGAGAAGGGGUGGAACUCUUCCCACCUCCCAUCGAGAGCAGGCCGCUCGCUCGCCUACACUACAACUACCCUUCCUGGCACGAGGACCAUUCCAUUGGGUUGAAGACCCUCAGGGAGAUCCGUGAGCUCCUGGGUGAAACAGCAGUGUCUGUGACCAGCCAGCAUGGCACCUUGUCUCCAGAGGUCCCUGCAGAGAGGCUGGCCUCCAGUGAGGACCAGGCAGUGACCUUGGUGACCGUAGGUGGCAGUGAGUUCCCAUCUCAGUGGGCAGCCGCGAUCCCACAGACCAUAAACCGACUGGGAGGGGGAUCUGAGAUAGGACUGAGCCAAGUCCCUGAACCACCUGCCAGCAGCAUCACUGAGCUGCUGCCAGACAGAGGAGAGGCUGAGGAACCCUCCAGGAGACCAGCUGUAACUGCAGGCAGAGAGAGGUGGACACAGCCACCUUCCACCAGCCAGGCAGGCAGGGCUGAACCUGAAGGGUGUAGCAGGGUGACCGCAGGCACUGUGCCUUCAGAGGAGGGCUCUCGAAACUCCCCGAAUCCCGACACUCUGACUGGCUGUGGACAGGCAGCACCGUCAGCUGAUCCCCAACUCCCCAGCCAGCACAAAGACAGCAGGACAGGAAGGGGCCAAGAGGAGAACAACACCACUGAUUCAUUGGCUGCUCGGAUAGCUAACCUCCUCCAACGCCAGGGAGAUACAACACAAAACAGUCAUUUCACCAGAGCAGAAAACGAAGAAAAGGACCAAGCACAAGAUCGGGAGCAACAGAAGCUGUUCGUGCAACCACCUGACCCACUCUCCAUCCUGGGUGAAGAGGACAGGAGGAAGAUUGAAGAAAUCAAAGCAGAAUUACUACAAGCGUCUAAGAAUCUCAUCCAUUCUGAGGAUGGAUGUUCAGUAAAUGGUGAGGAUUUCUCUCUGCUGUCUGAUCACACAUCGUCUGUAGAUACUGGUCCAGAGGUCGAGCUGCCCACUGUCCCAUCUGCAGAUUUCCGAUCAGUCAACGUAGCACAAUCCCAGAUCUCCAGCCAGCUCCGAAAGCUUUCUGACAAUCUGUUUGACACCACCGUACGACUGAGGACUCCCCUGCGCAGAGACAUGGAGGAACAACUGAAGGCAAUGUCUCUGGACUGCCCUGUGGGUGACAGUGUGGAGUCUCCUCAAUCCCAGCCAACGAAGCCCAUCAUUGCUAUCACCUUCUCCUCGCGUAGGAAAACCCCUCCCCCCAGCUCCCAGCUCAGCUCCCCUCUCCCAAAGCUUCGAGUUACUGGAAAACAAGCAGCCACUGAUCCAUCUGACGAAGACUCUCCCAGCUUGGCCAGGCCAUCGAGAGAUCCCGUCAGCCUCUCCCUGCGGUCUGGCCCCAAGCUUGGUGAGCUAUGCCAGCAAAGUGACUCAGAGCAAAGGAAGCCCCAUCUCGGUGAGAGCAGUGUUGUUGAGCGGUCCCCUGUAGAGUCUGGUGAAGUGUCCAGCCCUGGCACUCUGGCAGUGCGGAAGCCUGUAUGUACCUUCUUAGAUCCCUGCAGCUCCUCUCCCGUCAGGACCGUGCUUUCACAUGUCCGGGUAACCCUGUCUCCUAAGUUGCCAGCUUCCUCUGGGCCUCUUCCCAGCGAUGUCCCUGCGCCAUCCCAGAAUCUCCAUCCCUGUCCAGAAGACCCACCUGCCACAGGGGACAAGCCACUGUCUGCUCUUUCUCCAGCCAACUGCGAUGCUUCCAACAGGUCCUGUCCCACUGCCUGGCAACCGGAUGCCAAUGGGCCACCAUACCCACCUCUGCCCAUGCCCGUCCCACCAUUUUACCCCACCUUCUUGCCCUUGUUUGACUGCACCUCUGAGAGCAGGCCAGAACUGAGGAUUCAGACUGCACAGGAUAGCAACAAGGUGGAUGUGUCUACUCAAACGAUUGUACCGUCACCAUCGGAGGUACCAGUUAAUACUGCGCCAAGCAGCAAGACUGGGGAGCAGGAGGUAUUGGCACAAGCCCCGCCAUUACAGCCGGAGCUUGGAUCACCAAUGACUGUCAGCACCACCAGCCACACACUGGUUCCUCCAGGAACAGAUGCUCCUGUCAUGUUGCCGUACAAACCUGCAGGGAGCACCGAACUCUUCUACAUGCCAAAGUCAGGGCCAAAGAGCCAAACUGCCCAGCUGGAUCCUGAGAGCAGCAGUGAAAGCUUGCAGAUAGAUUCACGACACGCACCUCCUCCGAGAAUCCUGACUGAAGGACUGGGCGUCAGGAGCUGCAGUCAAUCCAGGAAGCCAACGAAGCAACAAGACAGAGCAUUGAGCAAAGCAGCAGCCCCAAAGAAGCCCAGGGAGGAGGACAAACUGAGAUUGUUUGAAAGAGGUAUCCAGCGACCACAGAGUUCCCUCACCCCUGGCACAGCUACUUUACCCUCGAGAAUGUUGUUGCAAGAUACAGGCGAUGGUGACAUUAUCACCAGUGGUCCCCUCCAGUGCGACGUCAGAAAUUCCCUGGAGUCCCAGACCAGAGACUCUCCACGUUACACUGAGAGAAGGCAGCGAGCAUCACAGCAGGAGUUGAGCAGCAUGGGUUCGCGAUCAUAUCCAGCCAUCCGUCAAGCCCAGGGGCAUCGGGGGGAUGAAUGGAGGCCUCCUGCCCCCUCACGUGUGGAACAGACAGAGGUGGCUACCGGCGGGUCCCGGCAGGGUAACUCUUGGGGUCAGCUUUGCCUUGGAGGUGACGUGGCUGAUCGUGUAAGCCAGCGAACAGAGGGAUCCCAGGGUCAGCCUGGUUCCCGAGAGGCAGUGAGAUACAGCAGCCUGGACAAACUGUGGCAGAAAUUUAAGGAGAGGCACGAACAGUACAAGAGCCUGGCUUCAAGCAGUGCCAGUGAGCUGUCCCUGCUCGGGCGUUUGGAUGAACUAGCCCGGAUGCUGAAAAACCCAGUCCAUCACUCUCUCCUGUGUGCUGAGAGGAGGGCUGGACGGCGCAGGAUGGGAGAGAGGGGGAGGAGGCAGAGAGCUUGGGAGGAUCCAGUCAGGGAUCUGCAUGAUCUUGCUGCCACACAACCUGACAGGUCUGACUCCCCAGAGGAGAUCUCCACUGAUCACAUCAAGUUGAUCCUGGACCAUGGGCAGUAUAGGGGUCUGCAGAGAGGCAGCUUGGCUGCUGUACCCACAACAGAGUCAGACACCACGCUCCCAGCCGAGACGGAUCCUCAGACACAGACGGAGACAGGAAGCACUGUCUCAACUAUCGACACAGACCGUUUGAUCAGGGCCUUUGGACCUGAGCGUGUCACAGUCCAGCCUCUCUCUCGCUUGUAUGGCACAAUUGAAAGGCAGAAAGAGAGCUCGAUUCACAGGAGAGGGAGGUUAAGGAGGGCAGAGAGCAGGUCUCGAAGUGUUCCAGUUGACCAGCAGCAUGUCUCCACGAGCACCUCCGACCCUCUGUCUGCUGACAGCCCCUCUCGCCCACCGCCCCGAGGGCCCACCAGCAAGCUCCUCAAUAAGAAGUGCACCAGGCUGGUCAGCCAGGGGGUGCAAACAGAGUCUCUGGAAGGUGUCCCGAGCACGUCAGGAAGACAGACUCGGGAUGUGGGUGUGACCUACCCUUCGCCCGAUUCAAACCCGAGCCUGAAACGACCAGCUACAGUGGGUAGUCACCGUCAUCAGUCAGUGUCUCCCACUGCCCGCUGCUCCUCCAGUACCAGGGACAGGAAGAAGAAGAGCUCUCACACUGAGCGGAGACCUGGCAAAACGGGCAGGACAUCAGCUGGCCCAGCCUGGUUUAUUCCUGCCGCUGAACUGAAGUGCAGCUGGAGGAAGGAGAAUGUUCCAAGAUGGUGUCCCAGUUCAACUCCAAGUCGGGUUGAUUUGGUCCCACCCUCCAGUGUGGGGCGGGUACCCCUUCGUGAGAAACACCUUCAGCAGCAGUGGGCCACUGAAACUGUGAACGGCUGGAACUCUGAACCUGCCCUGUCUGACACUGCAGCCAAGCACCCUUCCCCACUCGUCCGCCUCACCUUAAAGGAGGCCUUACACAUGAACAGACCAGAUUUUAUCUCCCAUUCUCGGCAACGGGUGAGGCGCCUGGAGUUACUGACGGAAGAGAGGAAGAUACAGAGCAUUCUGCAGAGUGAGCGAGAGAGACUUUUUAACCAGCCCCAAGAGAGAGGCCGCAGGAACAGGAAGGGCUGUGCACUGGCUGAUGCCAUUCUACUGAAGAAGAAAAUCCCAAAGCGGGAGAUGUUCGAUCGGUCCAGGCGUCUGUACGAACAGCUUCCUGAGGUCACCAGGAGAAAGGAAGAGGAGAAACGCAAAAGGGAAUAUCAGACCAACAGACUAAAGGCUCAGCUGUACAAGCAGAAGAUCACAAACCAUGUGUUGGGAAGGAAGGUAUCCUGGCAGUGAGCAGAGUCUGGUUCUAGAGAUUUCAUCCUUACUGUGAAAACUACUCAAAUGUAAAUAAAGAUAUAUUUAAAUUAAAA